AUGGAUACAAAUAUGCUGAGAUCAGGAGAAGGCGGCUUCUUUGAAUUGACGACAAACGCAAAAAAGGGCAGCACCCGUGUGUUCACCUCGGCGACUAACAAGAACCCUCAAGCUGGCUCAAGUCGCGAAGUCUCGUACAAAUCGAGGGGAACACAGCAACACUAUCUAGAGUACGUUGCGCCUGGAACGUCAAAAUACUACUUUAGUGUUCUCGGUCUCGAUCCAGUCAAUGAGUUCGACUUUACACCACGAAUUCUGGAUAUGACUGGCGGUAUUAUUGGAUAGACAGUUCUCGCAUGUCUUUUCUUUUUUUCCAUCUUUUUCGAAUUAUAAUCAAGAACUGAAAGUAAAAUAUGUGUUCAGCAUUCACUGAACAUGAUUAAACUAAUAAACAAUCUGAGGCACGGUAUAGACUAAUGGCUUGUGAGUUUCUCCUUGUCGAUUUAGCGUUAGAGAUAAUUUUGCACAUCGACUGAAGCAAAGAUCCACAAUGUCACCACUUUCAAUGAAUGUUGAAAAAUUUUGGAUUUCGAUCAUUCUUUUAUCAUUCAAUAGAGUCAUGUCUCUCUUCUUAAUUUGAGUCUAAAUGGGAUGACUGUAGUACUUUUUGACUUUCUCAGCACCACUUUCACGGGCAAAUGAUUCCAGCACCCAAAUUUGGAAUUUUCCAGCGAGAAACCGCAUAGGAAAGGCGCUGUCUCUGACCGUACCUCAUUCAUUUGGGUCCUACUGCACAACGAUCAAAUUUUCAAUUUAUAAAAGUAUAGAAGAUAAGACAAGAAACGCAAAGCAUCACACAACAUAUCGUCCUUGCCUAGGGGAUUCAUUAGGGUAUGGGUGUGGGCGUGUGGAUGUGUGGGAUGUGGUGUGUAUAUGGAUGGGUAUGGGUGUUGGUGUAGGUGUGAGGUGAAUACGAUGAGAAGAUAAAUGCAAGUACACCCACACCCACCCUUCUAACGACAACAAGCAAUUACAGUGACAUAUCACUUACCAUAGACACAUUUAUAUAGAAGCAUUACAUAGCUAACAUAACGCACUUUUAAGAUUGAAUCAUCUAUUUAAUAUUAACUUAUAUUUACGUUGAAUGACUUGAAUUUAUUCUCAUCAAUUAGAAUUAUUUAUCUCAAAAAGCUAUUUUUAGCUAAUCGAGUUUGAUUUAUUGGUUAAAAAUUCUUAAAUCUAUGCACUUCCAUGUAUUCUGAGAAACAGAUAUUUCUGACUUCUGUUUCUUCAAUUGCUUAGGUAUACUAUUCUCUAAAUCAUCAAUGUAUCUUUAGUGAUGCCAUGAAUAAUUAUUUUAACUUUAUUUAUUAAGAAUAAGAUUAUGAGUAAAAGAGAUGCUAGCAGAAAAUGGCCGAAGACGACACUGUGAGAAAAUUCAUUCAAGUGUUUUGGUUAUUUGAUCACGACCUUUCGAAAAUUUAUAAUAUUA